AUGGCGUCGAGCGAGAAGGAAGGAGCGGGUGUAUCGGCGCAAAACAGAGGUUCUUGGAGCGCGUUUUUGAAGUCAAUCGCAUCGUUUUCUGGGGAUUUAUCUUCGUUGACAGCCCCUCCUUUCAUCCUCUCCUCAACAUCGUUGACGGAAUUCUCGUCAUAUUGGGCAGAACACCCCUCGAUCUUCGUCGCCCCCGCUCUUGAGCAGGACCCAAAGAAGCGCGCCUUGUUAGUCUUGAAAUGGUUCUUGAGCACCCUGAAGCAGCAAUAUGCAAGUCGCAGUGAGAAGUUCGGGAACGAAAAGAAACCGUUGAAUCCAUUCCUGGGAGAACUGUUCAUUGGCAAAUGGGAGGAUGAAGCUGGCGUGACAGAAUUGGUCUCGGAGCAAGUCAGUCACCAUCCACCUGUUACAGCCUAUAACAUUUCAAAUCAGAAGCAUGGGGUAUCUCUGCAAGGCUACAACGCGCAAAAGGCGUCGUUUUCACGAACGAUAUAUGUCAAACAGAUUGGGCACGCCGUCUACUCGAUCCCAGCUUUCGGCGAGACAUACCUCAUUACUCUUCCGAAUUUGCAUAUCGAAGGGCUCAUUUUUGGCGCGCCCUUUAUCGAGCUGAACGACAAAACAUACAUCACAAGCAAUUCUGGAUAUACUGCAAAGGUUGAUUACAGUGGAAAAGGCUGGCUGUCUGGCAAGAAGAAUAGUUUUGUCGCCACUUUGUACCCUACAGGCAAAGAGAAGGAAAUUUUGUACACGAUUAGCGGACAAUGGACCAAGAGUUUUGACAUUACGGAAGGCUCGGGAAAGAAGACCGGACUUCUCGAGACGUUCGAUGCGGAUAAGUCAAAAACAACCCCGUUGCAAGUGGCGCCCCUAGAAAUGCAAGAUCCAUUAGAAUCAAGGAGAGCGUGGUCAAAGGUUGCUGCAGGCAUCGCUGCAGGAAACAUGGAUUUGACUGGUGAGGAAAAAACCAAGAUAGAGGUUUCACAGCGAGAGAUGCGAACAAAAGAGAAAGAGGAGGGCAGGACCUGGGAACGACGUUAUUUUUCUUUGGCUACACAGGAUAAGGUACUAGAACAGCUAGGUCCUGUCAUCGGGUUACUCCCAGAGCCAGAGAAGACGGGCGGGAUUUGGAGAUUCGAUGAGGCAAAAGCGAGGGCAUUACAAAAGGCAUAA